CAUGCGCCGGGCCGCGAACCACGUCAGCCGGACUGAUUCCCUGCGUCUGCCAGUCCCGCCACGGAUUCAUUUGGGAUCCUCAAACAGGCGAGCCCCGUGGAGACGAGGGAUCAAGACAGCGGAUUAGAACCAAUUGCCUGCUUGGGGACAGCCAGCCCUUCCAGGCCUGGUGACUGGGGAGGGAGGGGAGCGCCGCCGCCGUGGGAAGACACCCGAAGCUAGAGCGACACUCUCCUUACUGCACCCCCACCCCCUGCCCCCCUCCACCUGGCAGCGCAGGCUUUUGAAAACUGUCCAUCUGAAUGGAAACUCGGAACCGCCGGGCGGCGUGUUCCUUCUCGCCCAGCCUUGCGAUCCAUGCCGAGCGGAAAGCGGUGCGAGCCCGCGCCAGCGCCCAGCUCCCGGGACAGGGCCGGCAGUGUUGCUGAGCAGAACUUGACCGAGCCCCUUCCUCGCUGCUAGUGGAAGCGAUGCUGCACGGCACAGCCAGCGCUUCCCCGGCUCUCCUUCAAGCUGAAGGUUACCCACCCGCGCAGUCAGCGCCAACCCUGUGAGCGCUGCGCCUCGGUCCCAGCUCCGGCUGCUCGGCGGCGGCUCGCAGGGCAAAGACCGGGCCGCCCGCGCCGGGGCGCACUGCACCAGCGGCUUCGGCUUGGUGGAUGUGUAUGCAUGAGUUCUGCACCGAAUGGGCGCAAAAAGCGCCCCAGCCGGUCCACCCGCUCCUCAAUCUUCCAGAUCAGCAAGCCCCCGCUGCAGAGCGGGGACUGGGAGCGCAGGGGCAGCGGCUCCGAGAGCGCCCACAAAAGCCAACGAGCCCUGGACGAUUGCAAGAUGCUUGUGCAAGAGUUCAACACGCAAGUGGCCCUGUACCGAGAAUUGGUCAUUUCCAUUGGGGACGUCUCGGUCAGCUGCCCCUCUCUCCGGGCGGAAAUGCACAAGACAAGAACCAAAGGCUGUGAAAUGGCCCGCCAGGCACACCAAAAACUUGCUGCCAUCUCGGGCCCAGAAGAUGGUGAGAUCCAUCCAGAAAUCUGUCGGCUCUACAUUCAGCUGCAAUGCUGCUUAGAAAUGUACACAACAGAAAUGCUAAAAUCUAUAUGCCUGCUGGGGUCUCUUCAAUUUCAUCGAAAAGGAAAGGAGCCUGGAGGGGGAAGCAAGAGUCUGGAUUGCAAAAUUGAGGAGUGUGCUGAAACACCUGCUCUCGAGGACUCCUCGUCAUCCCCUGUAGAUAUUCAGCAACAUUCCUGGCAGGUUUCCACAGACAUUGAGAACACUGAAAGAGACAUGCGAGAAAUGAAAAACCUUUUAAGCAAACUCAGGGAAACUAUGCCUUUACCACUGAAAAAUCAAGAUGACAGCAGCCUUCUAAAUCUAACUCCCUACCCCCUGGUUAGAAGACGGAAGAGAAGGUUCUUUGGGCUGUGCUGUCUCGUCUCAAGCUAGGCAAUUCCUCCCGGAAGCCACCACUGGGAAGACCUGAAAAUAUCACUGAACCUGAGGACCUCCAGACAGCUGAACCACAGUCAUUGGCUUUUGACUAUAUUUUCUAAGCUUCCUUAUUACUUUUAUCCACCUCUCGCUGUCCUUUUAAAUGAUUUUACAUUUGAAAGCAGCUGCUGUCAAGGAAAAAAAAAAAACAGAUUCAAAAAGCAGUCUGUUUUUAAAAGGAUUUUUAAAGCUGACAUUGCACAUGUCUGCUCCAAACCACACCAUGACAGAUGCAAGAAUUAUGAUUUUUAAAUUAUUUAAAGAAUUUUUAAGUGUAUUAUACAGAGAAAAAUUAUUUCAUGUAUAAUAGUAUAUCUGUAGCUCUUGCUGAUCUAUGUAAACAACUGAUCACAUAUGAGAGUCUUUAAACAUAGAAAUCUAUUUAAAACUGCAAAACUGUUCAAAAUCCAACCAAUAUUAGAAAUAAUAUUAUAAUCAAAUAUAUACCACCUCAACCUAUUGCUUUCUCUGCACUCAUUUAUGUUUAGUCUUCCAUUCUGUCAGACUAAGAGCUUCAACAGAAAAAUGUCUUAAUUUACAAUGCAACAAAAACCGUAUAUGAAAAGUAUUUAAAUUUUGUAAAUACACGAUAAUCCUGAUACUUUCAUACAGUGCAUAUGGGCAACUAAUUUCCUUUCGAUCCAAUGGUGUCUUUUUCAGCUUCUUGGAGAAUGAAGUAAUCCAGUUAGGAAAUGGUGUAGUAACAUAUACAAUUACCCUCCAAUGUAAAAUUGAAUAUUAUCACAUUUUGUUCUAAUUGAAAUUGAAGCAUGAUGUCUGCAUAUCAGCAUAGUGUUAAAUCUUAUAGGGCAUGCUGGAUUUAGCUCAGAUCGUAAAAAUACUUAACAUUUUACAUUGUUAAUAAAAUCUUUUUAGUUAAGCUAAGCUUGUCUCAUUUUAGAUAACUAUGCAGAUAAGACUUUUCCAAUGUGUACUUGGUGUCUUGUCUUAUGCUUAGAAACUUACAAGCAGGACACAAUAAGCAAUACUCUAUUCUAGAAAGAAGGAAGCCACAUGCUUUGUUUUUCUGCUCACAGCUUUGUUGUGCUCUUCCUCCACUAAACUUGUAACAUGGUACAGAUUUUGUUAUAUUUUCCCUUGUUCUUCCUUUGGCCCAUUUCCCAGACAGAAUUUCCCGUGGGUUGAAAGAUCAAGCCUUUGAACUUCUUUUCUUGUUUACCAUAGUCUUAAAAUUCCUAAGGUCAGACAAGAGGCCCAGAAUCCAGCACAAUAAAAAGAUGAACUAUCCAUGGUUUAUCCAAGACACGAAUUUAAUACCAACCCUAUAAUUUCUCAGCGUUUAUGUGCACAGGCAUUUAUAUAUCUACCAACAUUUUGACCUAAAAAAUUAACUAUACCCAAGUUUUUAGUAGCUUCAGUGAAGAAGGAGAGAGGUAGAGACAAACUACUGGAAUAAUUAUCAUAUUAGGUUGAAUUAUAUGAAAUUGCUGAUAUUUGACUGUUUUUGACCUAAAAAUGGCAACUGCAUAUAGUUCAACCUAGUAUCUGCUGUUGUGGAAAUUAUCCUUGGAAUUGUCUUCUAGUUUUUUUGAUUGAAAGUGAAAGGAUUGAAGAGUUGGAAGAGAUCUCAAAAGACUAUGCAUGUCUCUAUUUAGAUCACACCAGCUGGCUAUUGGCCUUAUUCUUGGAGUCCAGAGAUGUGUUCCAAUGAGUUGGCAACUGAUACAUGGUUACAAGUAUGACUAGCUUCAUGUCAAGACAUACCCUUGAAAGUUAUACAAGAAAAAUCACAAUUUUCUAAAUCAAAUACUUAUAAAACAGUUGUCAGAAUAUGCUAUUGAAAGACUCCUAGGGUGACUGCUCCUUUGCAAAACAGGUAACCACUCCCAAAUUUACAUGGUCUGCAAGCCCCAAUUUUCACACAUCUGGUUUGAUUCCCCCUUUCCUGAAUGUGGCUCAUUUUCAUCUUCUGAAGUUUAAUUCACUUCAGGUCCAUUGUUUUAGAAAUUAUGAAGGAACCUACCUUGGCAUGCUCUUCUGCCAUCUCUGCCCUCUCCCACCUUCUACCAUAUUGAACCGUUAGCUUCAAUCUAGUUCCUACUAAUCCAUGUACAGUUAUUAACAGAUAAGCCCAGUCUUGGUGUUCAGCACCUUCUUCUAAAUGCCUGACCUAAAUCACUUCUGCUUGGUGAAUUUGUGCUCACUCUCGCCUUAGUCUCAGUGUGAAAGUAACACCUUCCGUGCAAUUGUCCUUUGUACAACUGAAGACUGUUAAUAAAUUCAGGUCUCACCUCCAUGUCUGGGGAGGGCUAUAGUCGCUAUUCAUGGAGAUGGGGAUUUGUCUAAUUCCCCAGCUAGGCUUUCCAUAUCUAAGAUAAAUAAAUUCAGCCACCUUAUCUUUUAUUCAUAGUGCCUGUUUCCCAGCCUUGGAUCAAUUUUGUAGUUCCUGUGGACAUACUCCAAGAUUUAUAGAUCUUCUUUCACUAUAGCAGGUCCUAAAAUUAAAUUUAGUGCUCAAAGUCCCUAUAACCUACCCUGGCUCAGAGUUGCAAUGGGUAAUCACCGUCCCCUAUUAGGAAUGCAGUGCAUCUUGUUAGGAGCUGACCCCACUCCCAUUACCUACCAAAGGACUUUCUCAGGUGUAGUUCCAUGAGAUAACUGACUGUUUCCUGCUGGUAAUUUGCUUUCAGAUUAGCAAUAACACUGAGCUGAUCUCUAGGGAUAAGGAGAGCCCAUUGAACUCAUUUUGUUUCAUGUGCACAUAUGCUUGAAACAAAAAAGGAUAUAAAGUUUCUCUGGCACACAACCACCCAUUUUACCACCCUAUUUUUAAUACCCUGUGUUGGUUUUUGGUUUUUUGGUUUUUUUUUAGAUUACAGACAAUGCAUGUUCUUUGUGGGAAAUCUGAAAAAAUACCACCAAAUACAUAGAAAAUAAAAAUCACUUGAUUCCCACCACAAUGACGUUGUUUAAAACCACAUUUUCAGGCUUUGAAUCAGUCAUUGGCUGGGCCCAAAGGCACUUUUGGUUGAGGUGUGUGAAGAAGGGCCUGCAGUAGGCACCACUUUUAAAAAUCAGUCCACUCCUGUUUCUUGCAUGCGUCUAGGAACAGAUUCAGUGCACACUUCUGAUUGUGCCAUUGUUCAAGUGUACAAGGAAGACUUUAAAAGUAGCACAGCCCCGAUGCCUCCUCUAAUGAAAGCUCUUGGGGGAAUUCUAAAAUCCUGCCAGAUCAUUUUGUUCCUCAGUGCGCCUCCAAGUUUGGAUACUUACUGUUUGGCAAUACUGCCACCUACUGGAAUCUAAGCUUUAUACAGAGCAUAAAAGCACCUAAUUAAUUUUAGACAGCCAGCAAAUUGGCCAGAUUAACAAUGAUCCCAUGUGGGAUUUCAGCCUCUGGAAGUCUCAAAAUUGAAAGAAUUAAGGAUAUCCAUCCAUAAUAACUUCUCACCCACCUACACACAUACCUUAGCAAUGUCUACCAUUUCUUUGUGUUCUAGAACAUCACCAAAUGCAGAAUGCUCAACUUUCAGGUAACUACAGAAAGAAUGAGAAAUGGUCCAGAAUAAACCAUUAAUAUUAAAUAUAAGCCAAGUUAUAAACCCUAGAACAUGAAAGAACUGAGUAUAUUACAAAGAUGUCAUUUCAAAUCUAUGAGAAAAUGUUGGUUUAUUAAGUACAUUAUAUUGGGAGAAAUGGCUAGCCAUUUGUUGAGGGAUAUAUUAGAUUGAUACCUGAAAACUGUCAUCAAAAUAAAUUCUAAGUGAAGUAAAUAUUUAAAUGUUAAAGCACAUAAACUGGCAGUAUUGAUGAAUAUGAUGUAAUUUUAGUGUAUGUGGAGUGGUAGGAGGGGAGCUUUUCUAAGCAUUAUAAUGAAGCAAGAAACGCCAAAGGAAAAGAUGGAUGGGUUUGACCAGUUAAAAAUGCAAAAUUCCUAUAAAGUAAAAAAGAAAUCAGAUUAAGAGAAAGAAAAAUUUUAAAUAUAUGCAACAAAGAGUACAGAUGUCUAAUAAAUAUCAAGAGCUUAAAUUCCACUACCUUCGGCAAGUUUUCACGAUCUACAACUCCCUCCCCAGCCAAGUGUUCCCAUUUUUUUCUUUUCCUUAUUGUACUUUUUUCAUUAUUGCUUGUUUAAUUGUCUGUCCCCACUAAACUGAAGUUCCAGAAGGCAGCGACCAUGUCUAUUUUGCUUAUUCUUAUAUCCUCAGCACAGUGCUACACACAAAAGCAAAUAGUGAAAACAUAUUUAUGGAAUGAGUGAAUAAUGAAUGCAUGGAUAAAUGACAUUUUACGACUCAAAAAGAAUCAAACUUUCCAGUAGAAAAUUGAGCCAAGCAUACAAACUGGCAAUGUACCAUAAAUUAAAAUAAUGCACUAAUGAUAUGAAAAUAUUUGAAUAGACUAGUAAUCAAAAAUGUAAGCUAUUAUGAUAUACUCUUUUUUAAUGUAUCAGAAAGGCAAGAAUAUAAAGAAUGAAUGUUUCCAGGGACAGCAAGGAAAUCUGGAAGUGAACAUCCUCUUAUAGAGCAACAUGUAUGUAAACUGAUUCCACCUUUCUGGAAAAUAAUUAGGCAAUAUAUUUUUCACCUAUACCAAGUAAUUCCACUGUAGGGAAAUUAUCCUGAAAAAGUUCAGAAAACAAUGACCGAAGAUGUAGUCAUCUGUUAUUCAAAAAAAAAAUGCAAGAAAAGAAUACUUAUUUGGAAGAAUGGGAAAAAUUGUAAAUAAACCCACAAAAAAAGAUUGAUUAAAUAUGGUAUAUCCUAUCAGUGGAAUACUGUACACCAAUUAAGCACCAUACAUAUAUUUAUGGAAUUAUACUGUUAAAUGAAAACAGAGAAGAAUAUCUAUAGCAUCAUCCCAUUUAAAAUAUAUACUUACAUAUAUAUGUGCAUUAAAAAGUCUGAAAAGAUAUUUGCUAAAAUGUUAACAGCAUUUAUCUCUGGGAGGUGAGAUCUGGAGCAACUAUAUAUUUUUUUUUGCAUAUCUGUAAUUUCUGACUUUUUCACAAUGAGCAUGUAGUAACUGUAUAAUUUUUUCAGGGAAUAAAUAAUAAUGUUCACAAUAUAUAUUAAAUUGAAAACAUAUUCUAAAACAGUGUGUAUAGUAUGACACAAUAUUUGUAAAAAAAAGAAAAUAUAUAUAAAUCUAUCUAUGUAUGUAUAUAUAUUGAUAUAUAUGCAUAAAAAGCUAGAAGGACAUACACUAAAAUGUUAAUAGUAGUUAUUUAUGGGUAGUGGGAUUAUGGGUGAUUAUUUUUUCUUUUCGCUUUUCUGUGUUUUCUAAUUUUUCUACAAUGAAUAUGUAUUACUUGUGUAAUAAAAACUAAUAAUUAAAGUUUAAAAAAAAA